CCCUUGUAUCCACAAUGACUUUUGUUCUUUUACACUCACUCUGUGUUCUUUCCUUUAUUCAUUCACUUAACUCCCUUCAGACCAGAUUAUUCAAUUACUAACUUUUAGUGUAAGCAUUGCAUGUGUUGUAUUUCUAAACCCAGAUAGACCGACUGCCCCUCUUACACCCCUUCUCUCCCUCCCUACUACCCUCCCUCCUUGUCUGCCUUGUUUUGCCUUUCUCCAAUCUCUUUCCCUUCUUUCUUCUUUUUCUGUGUUUGAAUGGAGAAGCUGGGUUCCCUGGAACCUGCACACCCUUCAUCGGGUGCAGGGCCCGUUGCUGGGGUUUCUGUUGCCAGGACGGCAGGGACUGAGGGAGACGAGGCGGCUGUCAGCUCCAAACUGUUUAGGUGUGCGUGUGUGAGACGUUGGCUACCACUGGCCUACAGAGAAGAACUCUACCAAGUCUUAAGGCUCACAGGCCCACUGCUGCUGUCCCGGGUUCUGUACUUUCUCCUGCCUUUUGUUAGCACCAUAUUCUGUGGUCACAUUGGCAAUGCAGAACUGGCUGGAUACGCACUGGCCUCAGCGACCGUUGCAAUAACCACAACUGCAACAGGCUAUGGCUUUGUCUUGGCUUGUGACACACUAAUUUCUCAGACAUUCGGCAGUAAGAACAUGAAACGUGUGGGAGUAAUUCUCCAAAGGAGCUCAUUGAUCCUGCUGUUCUUAUGUCUGCCCUGUUGGGGUCUUCUCAUCAACACUCAGAACUUGCUGCUCAUCUUGUACCAAGAGAAUGAGGUGGCAAGAAUUGCCCAGCUGUACGUGAUAGCAUUUCUACCAGCUGUUCCAGCCAUGUUCCUGCACAUGCUGCAAGUUGCCUACCUACAAAACCAGGGGAUCAUUCUACCUCAGUUGUACACAGCAGCAGCAGCAAACAUUUUUAACCUGGGGGCCAACUACGUCUUAAUCUUCAGCCUUGAGUUGGGUGUGGUUGGAUCAGCAAUUGCUCACAGCCUCUCUCAGAUAGCCACCUGCCUGCUGUUGUUUGGCUACAUCCGAUGGAAGAAGCUCCAUCAGCAGACAUGGGAAGGCUGGUCCACAGAGUGUCUGCAGGAGUGGGGCUCCUAUAUGAAGCUGGCUAUUCCCAGCACAUUCAUGGUCUGCUUUGAAUGGUGGAUCUGGGAGAUUGGAGGUUUCCUUGCUGGUGUACUUGGAGAGGAUGAUCUUGCUGCCCAGCAUGUGUUAUUGGAACUAGGGACAUUGUCAUAUAUGUUCCCUCUAGGUGUCCAUGCAGCUGCCUGUGUGCGUGUUGGGAAUGCGCUGGGGGCUGGGAAUACUACCAGGGCCAUACUAACCUGCAAAGUGGCCCUUGUGCUGUCAGGAGUGCUUGCUGUGUUCCAGGGUAUUGUCAUCGCUGGCUGUAAAUCCGUGCUUGGCUACAUAUUUACCUCUGAUGAAAAAAUUGUGGAGAUUGUCUCAGAGAACCUCACAGUCUACACAUUUUUACAAUUCUUUGAUGCACUUCUGUGUGUCUGCUCAGGGAUUCUUGUAGGAUCUGGGAUGCAGAAAAUUGCUGCCUUGUCCAACUUGGUGUGUUACUACUGCAUUGGUCUGCCAGUGGGAAUAGCUCUGAUGUUUGCUGCUAAGCUCAGAAUAUUAGGCUUGUGGCUGGGUCUCUUAAUAUGUGCUUUCUUAGAGACGGGUUUCUUCCUCUUUCUAAUCUACAAACUCAACUGGAAGAAAAUCACACACAAGGCUGUCCUGCGAGCUGGAAAGAAAGUGGUGUUGAUACCAAAGCGCCCUAUUAGUACAGUGAUUAAUGAAGAGAUAGUGCCUGACAUCUCUGACUGCCCAGAUACAGCCCAGCUGGACACAGAAAAAGCCCCUAAAGCAGAUGGCUACAGUCCAGUCAACACCCAGGAUCAGGAGGUGAAAGCCGGUCAUGAGGCUGAGGCCAACAACACAAAUACAAAAGGAGCUGAGGGUGAUGCUGAGCAGAGAAAAAAGACUUCAAGCACCAAAACUCAAGCGCUGCUCUCUGUUUCUGAGCUGAUCUUGCGCCGGGGACUCAUCUUCUUGGUUUCAGUUCUGAUUUUGGCCAUAGGUGUCGCUUUCCACAUUGCUUUCCCUGUACCGGAGCCCUCCGCUCACAGCAGGGCCAACUUUACAUUGAACCGGGCUAAUGACUCCAGUCCUACACCUACACCACUGGCCCCGACCCCAAACCUCUGAGCUAUCUUUGACCUCUGAAUGUAGACAUCUAGUGGCAGAAUUUAGAUCUCUUAGGGAGAUAAGUGUUGAAUUCAUAGUCCACUCAGACCUGGGUGUUCAUUUUGUAAAACUACAGCCUGACAUGGGCUGUUGGAUUUGAAUUGAGAAGAGAAAAGAGAAAAAUGUCUCAGUGCUGCACUGCUGAGCAAAUCCACAAAAAGCUGGAAGCAAUAUCCGAUGAGUCUAAGACUGGCAGGAUGAACAAAGGUCUUGUUACAAAGGUCAAUUUUUAACCUGCUCAGCCUGAAGUGCUCAACUAGGACUACAAGACACAUUCUAAAUCCCUCACUAAGUGACCAUGUGUGCAUUAAGGAACAUAUGGUCUUCCACAGAUAGCUUUUGAUUUUUUCCAUUCUUGUCUUGAUUUACCUUUUGUACUGUAACAUAUAUCUUAUUUCUUACUGACCUUUAAUCAUGUUCUUGUGUUUUGACUGUAAGUGUAAGAUUGACUAAAUAUCUCAUGUAAAAUUUACAUAUUUAGCUUAAUGAGCAGUGUUACAAUGCUUAGCUAGCCUGGGCUUGUAUAACAAAGAAACACAGCUACUAAAGGCUAACCUAGCUUGUAAUAUUAAUGUUAUUGGUCUCCUCUCCCUGUGUGAUUCAUUUAACGUGAGAAUGAGACCUGUGCUUGCCUGGAUGAGUGUACUUUCCUACCUUAUCCGGAUUUUCCACCAGGCGCGUCUGUGCUGCCUUCCGGCUGCGCAGCGGUUUUGUUCUGUCCUUCGCCACGCACCAUGCCACACCGGGAGUGUCUCAGCAGCGAAGCAUCUUGCCUGCCCGACUGUUGUGUAGCGUAGACAGAGCGUCAAAAAAUAGGCAGGCAGACUUCUUGAAUUCCAACAGUGCAGAUUUAUUUGUAGGGUGCCAGCAUGUUUAAAUCAGAAAAAUACAAAACUUGAAACUAACAAAAGAAAACUGGAGCAAAACAACAGAAUCUACUUGAACAAAAAAAAAUUGACAAAGCAUGCGUUUGAGCAGCAAGGCUUCUCCAAUAGCAUGUCCCAAAAAAUUGAUAAAGCACAUGUUUAUAUCA